GAAAAUAGAUAAGAGCACAUGCGAGUACUAAUAACCAAAUCAGAGGUUCUCGCUCUGUGUAUAAUAAUUAAUCCAGCUUAAUUAUUCUCGCUCCCUCCUAGCUCCUUAACAACUAUGCAUUCAAACUUUUGACCAAAAUUCCCAGGUUCUAACGGCUCUCUGAUGAGCUGCAAGAUACCACUUUGACCCCUCCAAACCCUAACUGCCGUCCACUAUUUUUACUUUGACUCCUCUUUGCUCCUCCCUUCUUCCCUCUCCUCUCCCUUUUCGUUUUUCUCUUUUAUAGCCGUUGGAGCUAUCCUCCAUCUCUCUCUCAUUCUCUCCCUUUGUAUUUGUGAUGUUUUUGCAAAAAAUGAACGCGAACCCCACCGCAGAACUGCCUUCUAAUCCAGUUGUUUCUUGUUCUUUGAAGCGAAAGAGACCACCCAAGAUUGAGAUCCCAAAUGUGUUGCAAGAAAUUCAGGCUGAUAAGCUCAAGUUCAAAGACCUCACCCCCAGAAAUGAUCCCGUUUGUUUCAGUGGAAUGGGUGUUGGCGUCUCUGCUAUCAAAGGCAAUAAAAAGUUCAUGGAAGAUACCCACAAGAUAGUUUCUUGCUUAAACGGCAGCUCAAACAAAGGCUUUUUUGGUGUUUAUGAUGGGCAUGGAGGGAGAAAAGCUGCGGAGUUUGUUGCAGAGAAUUUACAUACCAACAUUCUCGAAAUGAUGGUGAAUUGUACAGGAAAUGUAUCCAAGGAGGAAGCUGUUAAAGCUGGGUACUUGAAAACAGACCAAGAGUUCUUGAAACAGGGCGUAGUCAGUGGUGCCUGCUGUGUCACAGCAUUGAUUGAAGGGGAAGAGGUUGUUGUCUCAAACUUGGGAGAUUGCAGGGCUGUUCUUUGUAGAGGAGGAGUGGCUGAAGCCCUUACAAAAGAUCAUAGAGUAGAACACGAGGAAGAACGAAAAAGAAUUGAGACUAAGGGAGGAUAUGUUGAGAUCCAUCGAGGUGCGUGGAGAGUCCAUGGUGUCCUUUCUGUUUCUAGAAGCAUUGGAGAUGCUCAUCUGAAGGACUGGGUAAUGGCCGAGCCUGAUACAAUGAUCCUACAGCUGACGCCGGACACUGAGUUUCUAGUCUUAGCUUCUGAUGGACUAUGGGAAGAGGUUGGGAACCAAGAAGCUGUUGAUACUGUGAUUUCAUUGUGUAAAAAUCAGAAGAAAUUGGGAUCCAUUCGAGAUAUUCAAAGAGAGGAUGAUGUUUGUCAUGGCUGUGUCAAUGUAAGUCCUUCAUCAAAGUUGCGAAGGGUGUCCUUGGUCAAGCAUCAAAAGGGUUCAAAACAAUCACCAAGAAACAAGCAAACAGUUGAUAGCGGGAAAGAUCUGCAAGAUGAUUAUGCAUGUGAAAAUGAAAGUCCUCCUACAAAGUCGAGAAGGAUUUCAUUGUUCAAGCGAAAAAACACCAAGGUUGAUUCACCUAAUAAAGAAAACAGUGCCCAUAAGAAGGGACCUGCCUCUAUGGGGCUUGGGGCUGCUUGUAAAGAGCUUGUGAACCUUGCUGUGAGAAGAGGUAGUCUGGAUGACAUUACUGUGAUGAUAAUUGAUUUGAAUCACUUCAGAUGUAACAACUGACAUGUGGAUUAAUCUAGUCAGUGCAUAUUGUAGCUGCCUGGGUAUGCUGAUCUCAAUUCUAAGAAUCCAUAUAGAUCACAUUAGUUAAGCAUUUUCGGCGAUUUC